AUGACGAAAGAAUACGCACAAGAAUUUCUUGAAGAAGUAGAAAGAGUAUUGUUACCAACCAAUCAUGUGGACAACAAAUACACUCAAUUUCGUUCGGCACUAAAGAUGUUCCAAAAUCGAACUCUUUCCGUCGAAGGAGUAGUUGACAUGUUCAACAAAUUAUUCGAAGGACACCAAGGUCUUCUCUUAGGGUUAAGGAACUUCCUGCCUCAAAUUCACAAUCAUCAUCAACAACAACAACAACAACAACAACAAAGUCAACAAAACGUAGUGGACUCCACACUAAUUAGCUCCUCAUCAGAUGAUGAUGAUGAUGAAGUUUCCAACGGUCCGCCAACGGAAGAAUACGUGGAAAUAAGAUCCAGAGAGUUCUUUAACAGUGUUAAGGAUCGAUUCGCGAAUAAUAACGUUAAAAUUUAUUACGACGUGAUGAAUGUGUUGAACUCGUAUUCUAAAGGCAAAUUGGACGCGACGACGAGUGUAGUUUAUACUAAGAUUUGCAGUUUAUUAUUAGGUCACGUUGACCUAGUGCAACAAUUCGAAUCUUUCUUGGAUGAUGGGACUGGCGGUCUAAUCGACACGUUGCGAUAUUUAGCCAGGGAAGAUUGCUUGAGCGACUAUAAUGUGUUGUUGAAACGUUAUGAAUCCGCCACGGAAGCGAUCAAGGAAAAGCCGGAAGAAUUGACGGAGGAUAAUCUCGUGUGUAUGGCGGAGUUAUAUUUUAGUGAAUACCACAAUGAGAAUGUUGAUAAGAGAGUAAGGUAUGAGUUCAGGUGGGUUUUGUUUAAGGAGAUCAACUACGAUCUUAAAGGAGUUUCUAACGUUGUUAUACCUCUUUUGGAGAAAAAGAUCAAAGAGCUUGUUGGAAAGCGCGAUGAAGUGAAGGCUUUCUUCGAUAAAAUUCUUGAUCUUCCUGCUCAAGCAUCGGAGAAGGAGGAGGAUUUAAUUGGUGAGUUGAAUAUAUCUUCCUCUUCAGAAUCAGAAUCUUUGGAAUUGAAUUCCUGGAAUCUUAGACAACUCAUGAAUUUGGGAAACCUCGACAAAUGGGAUUAUAUACAAAAGCAAGGAGUUGUGCAAGCCGGGAAUGAACCGAAUAAUGUAGCCCUUUCGCCAUUGUCGUCAGUUCAAGUAAAGACCCAAACGGAGGAUAAUAAGAAUAAGGCCGACGGGCGCGAGGACGUCGUCCCGUCGGAAAAGCAUAUUUUUCCAGAAGCACUGCACUAA